AUGGAAGCCGACAGUGAAUCAGACCACGAGCCUAGGGCCAGGCCCAGUGAUGACGAGGAUCUGCUGCUGGAACCUGUGGAUGAAGAGCUUAGAAAGUUCUUAACGGACUGUGUUUGUCCUCUACAGCACAGGGUCGUUUACUGCCCCCCUUUGAAUUGUCUGGUAGGCACGAUAGGUUCAGUGACUUUACCAGAAGCAUAUAGGUCAUGUCCAAUGCUGGCGAUUUAUUAUGCAAAGUUUAGGAUGAGGAAACGUCCAUUCUCCUACCUGCACGAGGGAAUACAAUGGCCAGAACCAUAUGUUGUAUGGAACACGAUUGCGAAGAAGAUGCAAUCCCAUCCAUAUGUAAGAGCACGCAGUACCGACGUGAUCGAUGAACUUAAGCUCGCGAUAGCUGGUGAUGUUGUGGUACCACCAGGGAAGGACAACGAGCUACUGGAAAAAACCCCCAAAGCAGAAAUCAGAUCAAAGUACUUAUGA